AUGGAGUCAGGCCCAUCCCGCAAGCGCUUACGACGAAGCACUCGGAGCUGCUAUCAAUGUAGAAAGCGCAAGGUCAAAUGUCAGCUCACCGAUGAGGACGUUGAGACAUGCGCCGAGUGCGUGAAAAGCAACAUUCGAUGUACCCUUCAACAACCUGAAAGUGAAUUAAGCAACGACAGCUCUCCCGCCCAUCCCAAUAAACAGGACCAUGAGCUGAGGCUGGAACGCAUUGAGCUGCUUUUGAAUAGGCUGGUUGAGGCCCAGCAACCGUCCCAGUCGGUUUCAGGCUCACUCGCUCCCGAGUCAACUGUUCCGUCUUCUCUUUGGAACGAUUUGUUCCUUUAUCCAACAACUGAUGGAACUCUUCCUCUCGUCGCCGAUCACAGCCCUGUUCUGCCGGAUACACCAGAUGCUAAGCAGUUACUCGUGGCCCUUCUACCAUCUGCAGAAGAUGCAGUUUCCAUAGUCACAAACACUACCGCUUGGCUCUGGGGUGCGGAAAGCCCUCCUGGUAGCGUCCUGAAGCCGAGCGACACACUCGAGCUUCUCGACAUUACUGCCAUUUCGAAAGGCAACGCCAUGCAUGUCGCUAAAACAUUGCUUCUAUUUGCGCUAUAUAUGCAACAACUCCCAGGCAAUUUCGACGUUCAAUUUAUGCAAUCUCAAAGCGUCGGAAAAACCAUUGAAGUGAUUGUCGAGAGAGUCAAGUCAUUCAUCCUUUCCGACGAAGAUAAGGCAUGCUCAUUCGACGGCAUAGAAUGCUUAACUCUACUAAGUUUAACUCAACUCAACGACGGCGCGAUUCGAAAGGCGUGGAUGAACUUUAGGAGAACCCUUGAUAUAGCACGGUUGAAAGGGCUCCGGAAUAGCUUUUCACUCUCCGCACGCAACUCGACUUGUAGCGAUAUCGGCCUUAGUCGGCGCCUGUGGCUAUCUACUGCCUGUGGCGACUGCUACUGUAGCCUUCUCCUCGGCCUUGAACCUGGAAUCGGUUACGCGCCGUUUGGUCCUGACGACGAUGCCUGGAACGAUCCGCUCUCCGACGGUGAAGCCAAUGUCCAGCGCCGGAUUUGUCUCAUUGUGGCACGCAUUGCCCAGCGAAACGCCGCUGGCCUUCAUCAGGACCGCCAAGCCUUCCAAGAAAUAGAUGAAGCAUUGAACAGAUUACAGGACUCAUUGCCGCCUUCUUGGUGGAGGGUCCCAUCCUUUAGUCAAGGUCGAUCUCUUGAUUCGUCGAAAGAUCCUAAUCGUCUUAUAUGCCAGUUGUGGUUUUUCCAAGCCCGAAUAUUUGCGCACAUGCCCAUUGCGUUUGGAAGGACUAUGGAUGACUCGUCCACCAGCCUCCAACACUGUAUGGAGGCAUGCAGGAUCACACUUCAUCGUUACCUUGGAUUGCAAUAUGCCAAGGAUCAGCUGUCCCGUUGCAGAUCCGUCGACCAGUCGGCGUCUGUAGCCUCGAUCGUUCUUCUCCUUGCCAAAGUACAGCAUCAAUUUGUCAACAUGGACUCGACCGCUUCGAAAUAUGAUUCAGACCGGGCCCUGCUUGAGCAAGUCAUCGACUGCUUUGAGGCAAUUGGACAAGGGUGCGUCAGGGAGUACGUAGCAAGACAGAGUGCUGAGAUUCUCACCACCCUGUUAGACAUUGCUGCAGACGCGGAAAACGAAUUGUUUAGAAGAAGCAACCCCACCUCUGAUUCUAACACUUCCUUGACAACCGGGACACCUGUCGAUUUUGCUGUCGCCAUUGAAUUCGAUGCAAGCAUGGCUAAGUCUGGAAUGGAAGAUGUCAUCACGUCUUCCAUCCAGCCGGCACUUGACCCAGAUAGUCCAGCCUCGCGCCUUAUCAGCCUGUUUUUCGCAACCAAACGAUCACCGUCGGUUGUGUCAAAACAUACCCAAGGGCUAUCACAAAUACAGGCAGGACUUGAUAUUGAUGAUUUAAUAGAUUCGACUGGGCUGGAAUAA